CUGCUGUCGGAUGUGUGUGUUUUCUCUCUCAUGGAGGAUUUUCAGGAACUAAAAGGGGAGCAGGAGAAUCUCUGAAACGUGACGCGCGUGGCCCGCGGCUCCUGUGCGGCGUCAGCAGCGGAUCCGGAGCGUGUCUCGGUGGAGUGUGGGUUCGGCGAUGGCCGGCGCGUCUCCCGCUCCGCAGCUCUGGUAUCACCGGGAUCUGAGUCGCGCCGCGGCGGAGGAGCUGCUCGCUCGCGCCGCGCGGGACGGGAGUUUCCUGGUGCGGGACAGCGAGAGCGUCAGCGGCGCGUAUGCGCUAUGCGUGCUGUUUCAGAAACAUGUUCACACUUACAGGAUCCUUCCUGAUGAGGAGAACUUCCUGGCAGUGCAGGUGGAUAAGGUCCUGUGCGGUCUGGAGAUCUUGUCGAAGGUCUUUGAUCAGCAGAGCGCCUCCAUGGUGUCCAGAAUGAUCCAGCAGACCAUGUCUCAGGGUGGAGAUCAAGAGCUGGAGCAUCUGGUCACUAAACUGGCCAUCCUCAAAGAUCUGCUGUCAUCUAUAGAGAAGAAGGCUCUGAAGGCUCUUCAGGACAUGAGCUCUUCUACUCCGAACAUCUCACCGCUGCUGUCCAUCAGACACAAAGCUAUUCCUGUGCAGACCUUCGAGGUGAAACUGGACGUGUAUCUGGCCGACCUGACGAAGAUCGGGAAGAGUCAGAAAUACUCGCUGAGUGUGGACGUGGAGGGAGGAAAACUGGUGGUGAUGAAGAAGAUGAAGGACGCGCAGGAAGACUGGAACACGUUCACACACGACAAGAUUCGGCAGCUGAUAAAGUCUCAGCGUGUUCAGAAUAAACUCGGAAUCGUCUUUGAGAAGGAAAAAGACAAAAGCCAGAGGAAAGAUUUCAUCUUUGCCAGUGCAAAAAAAAGGGAAGCAUUCUGCCAACUGCUGCAACUCAUGAAGAACAAACAUUCCAAUCAGGACGAGCCAGACAUGAUCUCCAUAUUCAUCGGAACAUGGAACAUGGGCAGUGUUCCUGCUCCGAAGUCGAUGGGAUCGUGGAUUUUAUCCCGAGGUUUGGGGAAGACUCUGGAUGAGAUGGCGGUGACGAUCCCUCAUGACAUCUAUGUGUUCGGGACGCAGGAGAACUCGGUGUGUGAUAAGGAGUGGGUGGAGACGCUCCGCUGCGCCCUCAAAGACUACACCGAGAUCGACUACAAACCCAUCGCAGUGCAGACGCUGUGGAACAUUAAGAUCGUGGUGUUAGUGAAGGCCGAACACGAGAACCGCAUCAGUCACGUGGGAAUGUCCAGCGUCAAAACGGGAAUCGCCAACACGCUUGGAAACAAAGGAGCAGUGGGCGUGUCUUUCAUGUUUAACGGGACGUCGUUUGGUUUCGUGAACUGUCACCUGACGUCCGGCAAUGAGAAAAUCCACAGACGGAACCAGAACUAUCUGGACAUCCUGCGUCAGCUGUCGCUGGGCGAUAAACAGCUCAACUCCUUCGACAUCUCGCUGAGAUUCACACAUCUCUUCUGGUUUGGCGACCUCAACUACCGUCUGGACAUGGACAUACAGGAAAUCCUCAACUACAUCAACAGGAAGGAGUUUGAGCCAUUGUUGAAGGUGGACCAGCUAAAUCUGGAGAGAGAGAAGAACAAGGUCUUCCUUCGCUUCGGUACGCCUCACCUCUGUCUGUAUGUGUGUGUCUAAUAAAUAAAUAAAUAAACAA